UCAUGUAACGCAGGACCGCUGCGUAGCUUUGGAGACCGGUUAUCGCCGACGUUAAAAGCUGAUCGAGUUGCCGAUAGUAGCAUUGAUGACUGUCGGUCAACAACAAAUGUCGGGAGGCAUGCGACAGAUCGCUCGAUAUCUAUAUCACAUGCGCGAGGCUACAUGACGUCUUGUUCGAGUAGCAGUGUGAACGUGGCUCUGGCCAUCACUGCUCCGGCCAUCAUCCCGUUCAUGCUGUUCGGCGGCUUCUUCCUCAAUAGCGGGUCCGUACCCGUCUGGCUGGAGUGGCUCCAGUACCUGUCCUGGUUCAACUACGCCAAUGAGGCGCUGUGCAUCAACCAGUGGCAAAACAUCGAUCACAUCGACUGUGGGGGCUCUCCGGCGUGCCCCAGCAACGGCACUGUCGUACUGGAGACUCUCAGCUACAGCGUGGAUAACUUCAAUGUGGACAUCGGCGCCCUGGCCGCACUUCUAGUCGGCUACCGGCUGCUCGCCUACCUGAUCCUGCUCUUCAAGUCCUAUAGACACGAGUAGCGCUAGCUGCCACAGUGCCGCGCUUUAGCUUCUUCACAGCGCGUAGCUGUCAGUGUCAUUGUCACGUGCCAUUGCCAAGAGCCAUCGCCGUGUGAUGUCUGGUGGUAUGACAUCCUCACGUCAGUGGCAAGUCACCGAAUAAUGUCGAGAGGCAACAGUCAAAUGUGAGGCCUUGUUUGAACUGUAUUGUGCAGGAUGGCAGCAUCUGGGCUAUUCGUCGUCACCUAGUGUGCGGGGCCGGGGUACGACGUUCCUGGUGCUAGAAUGUGGCAUUGAAGCUCGGUAAUGUGUUGAGAUUAGCUAUAUAGGUACCGGAGGGGUGCGACAGGCUCGGCAGCGUGUGUUCCUGGGUAUCGGUGGCACUGUUAAAUCUUAAUUCUCAAGCGCAUUUCAGGCAUCUCAAUCAAUCUGGUGCUGAGAAACACAUGAUGCUUUUUUCACAAAUUUCAAAUUAUUUCCUGUUGGUGUGCUGAAAUACCCGAAAUGACUGCAUAGUCCCUGUGCAAGCUGUGACGAUCGUGCCUCAGACUUUUGUAGCUAGGGUAAAUAUAAUCUAUUGGGAAAUGAUAAUCGUAUAUGUACAUAUGUCUUUUGCGUUUUCCAUCACUACAGAUGAAUAUGAACUUGUGGUUCAGAGCUGAGCCGAGGCAAGCCAAUAUUGGUUUUGCUCGCCCAGGAAUGUGUUCUUUCCAAUAGCAUAUGCCAAAAUGUCCUCGUCAUUUUAAGCGGCAGAGUGCUUAUCAGUUAUAAUGUGAAUAAAUACGUACAAUGCA